GAUAGUUACCUGGUUCUUCUGUGAUUGACAACAGUGCUCAGUGGCUGUCAAAGAACGAGUGAAACAGACCAUCUCGCUUCGGCCCUCGGCGCAUUGCUGGUCUUGAGUCAGUGACCAUACACAAGAACUUUCUUGGAGACGCGGCAGUGCACUUGGCAAGAUGGACGCCGGAACGAAAAGAGAGAAGACAUCGGAUGCUGUACCGACUGCGAAAUUUCUACAAGCGCGCAUCACGGCCCUUUCUACAACUCUGAUCAAGAGACUAGAAAACAUCUUCGCUGUCGCACUAGAUGAGACCGACGCCCAAGCGUCUGCCCGUGCGGGAGGGGAGGCGCCACCUCCGCCAUCAUUGACAGACACAUCGGUACAACAGUUUCAGCUCGAUGUGGAAUCUACAGCCGUGAUACGGGCAGCAGAGGAAAUCAUGAUGUUGACGCGCACAUUGAAAGAGAUAUGGCUAUUUGGUGGAUUGGACACGCUAGAGAAAGACCAUGAGGAUGAUAACAAUUCACACGACGAAGCACAACGAAAAAAGAUGGAGGAAGAUAUCAAAGUGGUCGAAGAUGGAUUCAAGAGAUUCCUCGAGAGAUACGAGACUGCGGUUGACGUAAAAUAAAUGAUCACCGCUAUCAACGCUGGGAUUGGGUCUUGAUGGACUGUGGGAUGUUGACCAAAGCGGUACCGAACUGACUGAAACCGUCUCGCUUGAUGCCGUGGUACCAAUAGUAUCGGUCCCACGAUGCCUGAAUCACCUCAAUCAGGUCAAUGCUGAUUACCCGCAUCUUCCGCCCGUCGGUUUGAUUUACCCUGGGACUCUGUUAGGAUAGGGAUCGUUCGCUUGUUUCAUCUGCGUCGUGAAUGUCGGCUUCGGGGAACACUCAAAUCUCCAGUCUGCCGUGGCAUUUAAUUCCCGCCCGAGCAACUGGACGAGUAAUGUACGAGGGC